GGUCUGCGGCUAACUCACUACUUUCUGUUGUGACUUUGUUCCUGUUAUCUUUUUUUCGCAACAAAAAACCUGCCAAGGAAAGCUCUAAGAAAGCACAGAGUCCAUACUGCUCUUGCGUAGCCCUUGUAGGGACCAGUAACGGAGAAGAGCCAGUUUCCCACUGGUCAACAGCAAUGACUAGUAAUGACUAAGCAUAUUUUGGUCAGAUUCCAAUCAUCAGUCGUCUGAUGUUUUCUUCCCUUGUUUUUGCUCUUGCCCACAAUGCAACACAAAACCCCAUGUCCAUGGCAGGCGCGGUAGUACCAUGAAGGGUGGAGGCAGAGGUAAGGAGCCACCUGUUGCAGGGGAGGUCACUGGCAAGCGUCCCAAACGCAAGUGCCUGCAGUGGCACCCACUCCUGUCCAAAAAGGCUCUGGAUUUCUCUGAGGAGGAGGAAGAGGAGGAUGAAGAGGAGCUGGAGAAGCAGCCAGAGCUGUGUGGCCAGGACCAGGGCUCACAGCAGGUGCAGUGUGGAAGCACAACGGAGGAAGCGGAGGAGGACUCGAAUGAGCAGCGCGCGCGCCGGCCAAUGAAUGCCUUUCUCCUCUUCUGCAAGCGCCACCGUUCCCUGGUGCGGCAGGAACAUCCUCGCCUGGAUAACCGCGGGGCCACCAAGAUCCUGGCUGACUGGUGGGCGGUGCUGGAGCCCAAAGAGAAGCAGAAGUACACAGACAUGGCCAAGGAGUACAAGGAUGCCUUUAUGAAGGCCAACCCGGGCUACAAGUGGUGUCCCACCACCAGCAAGCCGCUGAAGAGCCCCUCCUGUCAGCCUGUCAGCAGCAGCCCCCGCAAAAAAGUUUGGUCCUUCUCUUCCAACUCCACCAAGGACUCCACCACUGCCAAAAAAGUGCCCAAAACAGACAGUAUGCCACAGUUAAACUUUGCCAUGGCAGAUCCUACAAAGAUGGGAGGCCUUAGCAUGCUGCUGUUAGCUGGGGAACAUGCCCUCACAAACAGAGAGAUCCCUUCCAGCACUAAACCUAGUUUACCUGACACAGCCAGUGAAGGGAACUCCUUUCCAGGGGACGAGGAAGAGAUGUUGUCUGGGACAAUACCGAACCGAGUGCCUGACAUUACUGAGAGCAGGGUUAAGGCUGCCCCUUCCCCACAGGCAGAGUCAUCUCUCUCUGCGGCACCUGAAGGAAAACCAUGCAGGCAGUCAGCUCUCUUCCAGCUGGCUGAGAUGUGCUUAGCGUCUGAAGCUGGAAAGAUGGAGCCAGUGGAAUGUGAGCCUGAGGACAGCUGCUCUACAGCCUCUCUCCAGCAAACCACCGGCAGGCCAGAGGGCAAGGAGCAGGCAGCCGACAGGGACGACUGUCCUCCUUCGCCCCGCACAUCAGCCCUCGUACCUUCGCUCUCCUCUGUCACGUCUACCUCCACCGAUGCCAUCCAGCCACAACUCGGCAGCCAAAACGCACGUGUCAAAAACAAGAGCAAGAAAAAAGAGGGGGCCAAGUCGAAUGAUAACGACGAGAUCCCUUGCUCGGCAAAGAAGAUCAUCAAGAAGUGCAGCCAUGCAGAAUCAAACGUGGACAGUGUCUUCAGUACAAUUGAGGCAGUGGCCAAAGGAGCCUGGAAGGACACGGAGGAGAAGCCCAAGAAGAAGAUCCAGAUCAGUCUGAGUGCUGGGAACUCUGGUGGGCCCAAAAAGAAGAGUAAGCCCAAAGUCAAGACCCCUGUCAAAGAAAGAGAGGAGGAGAUGGAGGAGGACGGUGGGCAGUGUGGGCAGUACAGUUCCUCUGAGGUGGAAAUGAAGGAAGAGAUGGCUGACGCCAGUCCCAAGGCUGAAGCAGAAGAAGCCAGUAUAGGAAGCUCGGAGCUUCAGGGUAGCGCGGCAGAAGCCCACCAGUCCCCCGGCAGCCCCUCGCCUGCCAAGCUCAAAGAGGAAGACAAGGGGAAGGAGCGGUCGAGUGACGGGACCUGUGACUCCAACCCAGAGAACCACGGCUCCAGGAAGUCCGAGCGGAGCUGUAAAGGCGCCUUGUAUAAAACCCUGGUUUCUGAGGGAAUGCUGACUUCACUGAGGGCCAAUAUUGACCGAGGGAAGAGAGGUGCUUUCCGUGGUUCAGAUCAUGAUGCAAACUGGAGUGACGACAGCUGGACAGUUUCUCAGAUAGGACCGAACAACCCCAAGAAGCUGAAAAAGUCCAAGUCCAAAGAUGAAUGUUCACAGGGCCUCGGGAAACUGGAGGAGGAGUUUGAAAGGAAGUUUAACAGUCUGCCACAGUAUAGCCCAAUGACAUUUGAUAAGAAGGGGACUGCUGUCACAAAGAAGAAGAAGACUGACAGCCCCGUUGUCCCAGAGGAAGUCUCUAAAGCGGGGAAAGGGCCAUCUCCAUCUCAGAAAAAGACUUCAUUCCACAAGAUUGUUAGGAAGCACAAACACAAAAAGGAGAAACCAGGUGCAGUGGACAAAGUGGUACAGAGUGAUUCCAGCAUGCUGGAUUCAGCUUCAAAAGCCAAAUCAUGUGCCCCCGUUGCCAUAACGUGCCCUGAUGUCCAGGGCCCCGCUAGCAUGGAGAUGCUAGUUGGUAGCCAGAAGAGGAAGGCUAGGAAGACCAAGAUCACACACUUGGUGCGUACAGCUGAUGGCAGCGUGUCUCCAGCCGAGGAGGACAAAACUAGGGACCUGAACCAGGAAGAGGAUAAGAAGCCAUUACCCCAACAGAAUUUAUGCAAUGAUAAAGGGUGCUACAGUCAUCCCAGAGGAGCAGAGGAGGCAGAGAGGAGCACCGGACCCCCGGAGCUGCCUGCGUUCUUCAGCCUGGCAGCCCUCGCUGAGGUCGCAGCCAUGGAAAACGUUCACAGAGGCCAGAGAGGCUUGGCUGAGAAUCAGAAGAAAGAGCUUGGCCAGACCCCAGUCCUCAUCUCCUGCGCUGACCAGUGAAACUCUGCUGCUGUUUUGAGAAGCCACAACAUGGACAUUGGCAGUGGAGCUGUACUUUGCUCAGUGGUAACCCUACGCUGAAGGGAGACUUGAUCAGGAAGCUUUGGACUGACUCCACCUUACCCGUGUGGUGAAAUUAGCUUGAGCUCGGGUUCACGGUGGGGGAAAGAGAGCCUCUCCUCCUCCCUGUUCCUCGCUAUCUCAGUGUUUUCCCCAAAAGCCUUCCUUUGGUUUGAGGGAGGAUGCCUUUCUGAACUCCUCUCCCCCUCCUUAGAUGCUCUGUUUGGGCCUGUGGAAGAACCACGCUGUUCCCAGUGCAUGGCUUCCCUUAUAGAGAUGGUUGUCAUGGGUUUAUUGUACACUGUUUUGUCAAAUAGAGGCCACUUUUAAGGUCAAGUCUUGCGAUUUAAAAAAAAAAAUAUAUAUAUAUAUAUAUAUAUAUAUAGCAUUUUAGGUAGGGCAUUUUAGGUAGGGCAAAUACCCAACACUGCAUUCGUUUUCUAGACGAACACAGCUUUCUGUCACCUUUUUACCUCACACACACGCCUACUGAAGAGUUCCCUCCACCUCUGGUAGAAUACCUCUGUAUUUGAAUAGUUCUUAUCCCUUCAGUUCCUUCCAGCUUCAACCCAAAAUGACUUUAACCAGGGUACAUGAUCAUGAUGGAUUUACCAACUACUUGCAUAGUGUUUCCCUGCGAUACACUAAUCUGGUGUACUCAAACUACGAAGAAAUCAUGGUUGAGUAUUUGAUAUGUAAGUUAUGAUGCUACUGUAAAAAGGUGUGUGGUAGCUACCAAUAAUCAUGUUAGACUGAAUGUGUAAGAGUAGACCUGUGCAUACCUUUGCAUCUGAACUAGAGUUGACUAUAGAGGAGGGUGUUUGUUUGUCCUGCUUAUCCUUUAGCAGUAGAUUCACAGUGUCCCUGUCAGGCUUAUGAGACAGUAGGUUGGCUUAAAAAUGUCUUCUUGUGAUGGGGAGCUUGUGUAAAAGUGAUUCAAAUAUAGCCUUAAACCCCCCUCCCUCCCCCCACCCAGACCUAGGACCGGCUUCUUGCUCCAUGUCAUCACAGUCCUAAAGUCGGUGUAAACAUUUUUGAAUAGUUAAACGCAGUUACUUGAUCUUAUUGCAGUUUGCGUAGCAAUUAGAAAGGUUUAUUCCUCGUGUGCAACUUAUUUCAUGAAAUAGGUGUUUUUUUAAAUUACAUAAACACUGCACUAAUUUGUAGCUGAAGUUUGUGUUGCUCUUGGAAGGGUAUUGAAAUGCCUUGUCUCCACCAGUCAAUGUCCUCAGGACCUGGCUAAAGUCAGCCACAAGCUCCAACAUAGACGAUCAGAAGGUUGGUAAUCUACAUGGAAUACUUGGUUCAUGAAAUUGUUUUGUACUACAUGUCUCAUAAAAUGAGCAAUUUGAGAGGAAAAAAAAAUACAGAAAUAAAAAGUUCCGUUUAUUUCUGAUGGAAUGUGUGGAAAUGGGACCACGCUGUGCUAUGGUUCCUCACAGAGCUAAUGGAGACAAGGCAUUUAAUAACAGUGCCCCAUGUUUGUCCUAAUGGCCUUUUGAGAUUUUAUUGCCAAGUAAUGGUCUACUCAGAGGUCACAUGUAAUCCACGUUUUGAUUCUUAGAAGUAUUUAUAUUUAGAUGCAACUAUGUGUCCUUUAUUUUUGGCUUUGUUUUGUCCAUGUCUGGUCUGAAUCAUUCCAUUUCCAUGCCUCGGUCUCUGCCAUACUGUUGUUUGUGGUUAGUCAGCUGUAGUAGUGAGGAGAAAGAAGGAAAGGAUGGAAGCUGGAGGAGCUGCCAGAGGCAUGGAGGGUAACUGAGAGCUACACAGACUCCCCAGCAAUACCCCUCGCCUCCGUACCUAGCAGCCUUUUGUUCCUCUGUGUAGACCAAUACUUAAUUUAUCACAUUUUAGAUUCACAUUUAUAACUUUUAUAGCUUCUCGUUUUCUAUUUAAUCAUUCUUCUGUUAAAGUGUGUGCAUUUAUGAUGCUCUUUUAACUAGGUCCUCUAUGCUUUUUCCUGAGGUCAAGUUUACUGGAUUAAGAAUGUUGUCAAAAAAAGAUCAAGCUCAUAGACGAUGAAUGCAUCUAUGCUUACCUGCUAAGCAAACAGGCACUGAGAUAAAAUGCACAGUCUCUACACAGUGAGCUUGUCUUUUCACCUCCGGAGGUGUGGAUUUGACUGCGCCUGCAUCACCAUUUCUUGGAUAUGUGUUAGAUGUGUUCAGAGUACUUUUGAACACUUAAUGACAGGACAGACAAAUAAGAAAUGAAUGGGUCUUAGAGAACGUAUGGGUCUUGAAAUAGAGCAUUUUUUCCUAUAUCAAGGCAUUGUUACAUGGUAAUCAUGUUUAACUUAUGUAGGCCCUUGUGUGCAAAUAGAACAGUACAUGCAACAAAUCUAUAAUUCCUCCCUAAAUUUGUCCUUCCUUUCUAACCGCAAAUGUUUCCCAGUUAAACUUAAGGGAACCAUAUUACGCUUUACGAUAAUCCUAAUAAUAAAUACUAUAUUUUUUCAAAUAUGAGAAAAAGUUACAUUAAGGAUGAUAUCAUCCAAGCAGUAAACUGUAUAGUUCUUCCACUGGUGGACAUCAGUGUAAUUCUUUGCAAAGACAAAGAAAUUGUCUUCCCCCAAAAUAGAGAUAUAUUUGCUUAUAGCAAAUGAGUUUAUUGACAUUUGCCAAAGAAAAGGGAAAGGUAUAUUCAAAUAGAAAUCAUGUUUUAAAAAAGAAAAGAGAAAGCUGGCAUAACAGUUGCACUGCAUUUCCUAGGUGUGUAAAUCUUCAGGUAACAAUAUCAGCACAAUUCAUCCUGUGUAUGUAAUGGGAUUUCCUUGGUGUUUGAGCUCAGAGUUGGAAUGAAGUGCAACAAAAGGGCACCACUCAAUGCCUCUUUUAAUAUACAGUAUUUGCACCUUAUGACCCAAACCAAAAUGAUCAUGGUCUUUGAAGAAAAUAUAUAAUUUUUACCCACGCUAUGGAAAUUAUGCAUUUUAACUAUUAUAUAUGCGAGAAUCCAGUUAUUAACAAAUCCACACCAUCUACCAAACAGCCAUAAUACUGUCAUUUCCCAUCCCCUCACUUUUUCUAUCUAGAAAAUGCUUCUAUAAAUUUGAAAUUCCUAUAUUAGUUACCUAAAUGACUAUAAUACCCUUUUGUGCUAGUACUGUCUUCUUGAAUGUAAUCAUUUUGUACCUGUAUUUUUCUAAUUCAGUCUUGAUUGUACUGUAUGUAUGCUAUGAUGGUAUACUGUUCCUUAGGUGCAUAGUUCGUUACAACCAACAGUUCUCAUGACAGGAUAGCUGCUGUGCUGUGAACUCAGAGGAAAUGUGUGGAGGUUUCGAGUCCAAAGGACUUACUGUACCAUGAGACUGAUAACUGAGAGAGUCUUGCAUUUUGAGUGGUGGGGACAAUAGCUUUCCCUGGUUUGCUACUUCUUUUUUCCUUUGCAGUAAAAGUGAAAGUCUGAUCAGGACAGUUUAUAAAACAAGGACGCUCCUGCAAUCAGAUAGAACAAUUGAAUGCUUGAGUUUUAACUUAUUUAUUACUGUUCCGUUUAGUUGAAUAAAAACCAAUAAAAUAUACAACUGAAUAUGCAUCCAUUUAUACAUGAACGUGUAUAAGAUAACCUACCCUUUACUGGAAUGUAGAUCAUGGCUUCCUUUUAUUUAUUUGUUUGUGAAGAAGAGGUUAUGCCAGAUAUUUGAAGUCUCUUUCCUCUGAUAGUUUGUACAACAUGUGCUUAAUCUAAUUUAUGCUACUGGUAAUCAUGACAGAUGUGUUUUUUUGAUUGUUACAGCCCAGUGGUUAAAUGCAGCCUUGCCUUACUCGAACCCCUGCUUAGUGAGGGAUCCCUCUGCCCCCCACCCCACCCCACCCCACCUAUCUACCCCCUCCCCCCACCCCCCACCUACCCAUAAAUCCUAUGUCAUAACACUGUUUGCUGAUGCAACUAUUAUUCCUUUUACACUUUCUGCUGACGCAACUAUUACUUCUUGAAAAACCUAUUAAAUAACAUCUAUUGCA